CGGCACGUUCAAUUCGGCAUUAGGGUAUUGAAAGGAAAGCUGUUCUUAUUUACAUACCGUGAGUCCGCCCUUGGCUAUCUCAUAUAUUAUAUCUGGAGCCCUCAUUGGACGCCAAUGCCAAAUUUGCGCUAAAACAGAGUCGGAUGGCGUGAUAGAGUCAAACGUUUUGCACCCCAGAUAUUCCCAAUUUUGAGUGCUCGGCCGAUACAUCUUUGGACGUUAAAGAGCGGCUAUAUACCCAAACUCUCACCAAACAUCAUAUUAUCAAACAUGCCGCCGAUCAAGAGUAUAGCCAUUAUCGGGGCCGGCCCAGCUGGCGCCAUUGCAGUCGAUGCACUAGCACAAGAGAAAGCAUUCGAUGUCAUCCGCGUAUUUGAGAGACAAGAGAAAGCCGGCGGAUGCUGGGUAUCAAGAGACGACGAGCCGCCACAGCAGUUCGACUUUGACGGUCUCUCUGCGCGAACAGCAGAUGCGCCUCUCAAAAUCCCUGAGCACCUCCCGUGCCGGACACCUGUAGUCUCCCAGGACCGGUUCAUGGACUCGCCCGUGUACCCGACGCUGGAAACUAAUGUAAACGCGGGAGCCAUGUCGUUCUCCCAAGAGGAGAUUCCUACAGUUCGAUCCCAAUGGUCGAUCGAGCGUCAUGGCGCAGACACGCCUUUCAGGCACCAUUCAGUCAUCCGGAAGUAUAUCGAGGACCUGUUUAACCGGAACGGGUAUCAGGAUCUUGUUCAGUACAACACUACUGUUGAACGCGCGAUCAAAGAUCCCAGCAGCCAGAAAUGGGUGCUUACAUUCCGCAGGACGGAAGUUCUGAAUGGUGCCAAGUCGGAUUACUGGUGGUCUGAGGAGUAUGAUGCAGUUGUGGUCGCUUCGGGCCAUUACGCAGUGCCUUUUAUUCCUGCAAUUCCCGGUUUGAAGGAAUUUGCUGCGAGGUGUCCCGGUAGUGUUCAACAUACAAAGCAUUACCGGGGGCCUGAGAAAUAUCAGGGAAAGAAAGUCAUCACCGUCGGAGCGUCUGUUUCUGCCGCUGAUACGGCAGUGAGCCUGGUUGAUAGUGCCCAGACACCAGUCAUUGCUGUCGUCCGUGGUCGUUACAACGCCUAUUUCGGAGAUCUCGCUUUCCAGCAUCCUAAGAUCCAGCGGCGCCCGCCCAUCUCACACAUUACGAGUAGUGAUCAAGGCGAACGGACCGUGCAUUUCGAAGACGGUACCUCUGAAACCGGUGUCGACCAUCUGAUUUUUGGAACUGGCUUCAGCUGGACUUUGCCUUUCUUGCCUCAGGUUGCCACACGAAACAAUCGUGUGCCGGAUCUCUACCAACAUGUCUUUUAUAGACAUGAUCCAUCCCUGGUUUUUGUAGGCGCUGUUGGUGCUGGGUUGACCUUCAAAGUGUUCGAAUGGCAGGCCGUCGCUGCCGCACGCGUUCUAGCCGGCAAAGUAAACCUGCCCUCCAUCGCCGAGCAGGAAAAGUGGGAAACCGACCGUAUUGCCCAGAAAAGCGAUGGCCCCGGGUUCACAGUCCUCAACCCCGAAUUCGAGCCCUACUUCGAGAGCCUCCGCCAACUUGCGGGGGAACCUCGUGGCACGGGACGGCGCCUACCUCGGUUCGAGCAGAAAUGGCUGUCUGAUUUCGACGAAGGGCAUGAGCGUAGAAAGAAAAUGUGGCGGCGAGCCAAUCAAACCGCUCGGUUGUAAAUCUGACCGUAAGGGUUAUUGCUCUCGAGGGAGUUAAGGAGUUCAGAGUACUAGUCCGUAGAUAGAAAGACAUGCAUAGAUCACAAAAUAAAUAGUCAAGCAAGGAGAACCCGAAAUAUCAG